AUGGACAGGACUAGGCACCAGCGAGCCCUGACCCUCUUUCCCACAGGCCUGGCCCUCGCCUUCUCGCUCGCCGCCGUAGGCAGCAGCCACUGGUGCGAAGGCACGGGGCGCACGAUCAAGCCCCUGUGCCAGGACGCCCUGGGGGGUCCCGGCUGCAUCCGCUUGACCUGGGCCAGCGGCAGUGGUGGUAACGAGAGUGAUGCGAGCCAGGCUGUCCAGUACAUUUGGGAGACCGGGGACGACAAGUACAUCCAGCGAAGGUUCCACACCGGGCUCUGGCAGUCCUGCGAGGAGAGCUUCGACGGCACAGGUGAGCAAUGUAGGAGUUUCCAGAGUAUAAUACCAGCUGAGGAACAAGGUGUGCUGUGGCUCUCCAUUGGGGCUGAAGUCCUGGACAUCUUUCUGAUGCUGACAAGUACCAUCCUCCUGAGCUCUAGAGUGAGUUGUCACAGACCUGAGCUCAACCGGCUCAAGGUGGAUGCCUCGGUAGCCAUCCUUAUGGUGCUCGCAGGGCUCCUAGGCAUGGUGGCUCACAUGAUGUACACAACUGUUUUUCAAAUCACUGUGAACCUUGGGCCAGAAGAUUGGAAGCCUCAGACCUGGGACUACGGCUGGUCAUACUGCCUCGCUUGGGCUUCUUUUGCCCUCUGCAUGGCUGUGUCUGUCACUGUCAUAAGUGGGUACUCAGCCACCCGCCUGGAAUGCAGAACACAGCACAAGGCACAGAAGAGUCGACAGCAGCCUCCACGUAACCUCCAAGCACCUCCGGCUUCGCAGAGGGUUUGGGCCCCGGGAGCCACUCCCAGCCCUGCUGGAUAUGCUGUUGUGAAGGUUUCAGGCCACCUGCUGCCAAGUGUCCCAGGCAAGGUGUCCAUGUGCUAG